AUGUCUCAAGUAGAGUCGUCUGACACACCCAGAGAUAGGGACAUAUUAUCUCAACACGAUGACAAUGGGAGUCAAAGAAGACGGUCAUUUGUUACAACAGAACAAGUGAGUGGGCUUACAAUAAAUCCAUCAGCAGAAUUGACUGGUUGUAUAGAUAGAGACAUGAGCAGACGAAAUACUCAAGGCACAGGGCCAACUUUAUGCAACAGAAAUCCGAGCCCACCUAUAAAUACAUCUGUUAGUGAUCAGCUUGAUUGCGCUUUUGACGUCUCAUUAGAUGAUGUUUUUCGAAGCGUGAGAGAUAGGUUACAGGGGUUGUCAAGUAGUAUGUUCAACACUGCAGAUGAGGAUGAAAGUAACAAGCAGAGUAGCGCGGUACAAAGAGAUGUAGAACACACAUGGAGGAAAGAGUUGGAGGAAAAUGAGGUAACACUCCAUGAUAGUCGAGGUAGAGGACGAGAUGUAGAACACAAUUGGAGGAAAGAGUUAGAGGAAAAAGAAGUUACACUUCAGGAUAGAGAGAGGUUGUUAAUGAAUAGGGACCAAUAUAUGCAAGCGAAAGAGAGGAAGCUAGAAGAUUUUGAGAAAGCUAUGCUCGACAGAAUGAAUAAGAUAGAACAAGAAUACAAAACAAAGGAAAGAAAGAUGAAUGAGAAGGAAUCAGAAAUACAUCUGUAUAUGAGAGAUACAGAGAAAAGAUUAAAUGAAAGACUACAAGAGAUGGAAAUGAAACAUAAGCGUAAAGAACAGGAAUUGAUAGACAAAGAAAGAAAUAUAGAGAGAUUAAAGAACGAAUGGCACGAGAAAUUUUUACACCUAAACCUUCUUCAGAGAAUACAGGAAGAUAUGAUAAGAGAUAGAGAUACGCCCUUACACCAGCAUGACUACUUUUACCACGAGCAGGAAAGCAGAAAAGAGAGUCCAAAGGACAUGGAUCAUGAGACCUUCUUGAAAGAAGUCACAACAGAAAAGAAAGUUAAAAUAGGUGGUGCCUAUAGUAAGGAAGCAGAUGCACACCGAGGUAAAGAUAUAGAAAUCAAGCAACCGAAAGAGGCUACUGAAAUGAAAGGUGUUGAAAGUGCAGAUGAAACAAGAAAGAAGUAUGAUGAUAGAAAUGACUUAAGAUGUCGUGAGAAGUCAGAGGAUAUAAAUAGCAAGUUGAAUUUGACAUCAUUUUCGGGUAUGGAGCCAGUACCUCGAAAUGAAGCCACUUUUGAAGAAUGGAAGCUAGAAGUAGAAUGUGUAAAGGCAAUUUAUUCUGAGAUGGUUGUGUUGCAGGCUAUAAGAAAAGCCUUAAAAGGACAAGCGAAACGAAUUAUGCUUCACCUUGGUCCUUAUGCUACGGUGGAGAUGAUAGAAAUGAAACUAGAAGAUGCAUUUGGAAACAUAGCAAGUAGAGAUAGCAUCUUGUCCCAUUUCUUUUUGGCAGAGCAGAAGGAGACCGAGUCGAUAGUUGAGUGGGGUCUCAGGCUAGAAGAGAUGCUUUUACAAGCAAGUAGAAAGACAGCAAUAAAUGCAAGCGAGAAAGAGGAUAUGCUGAAAAGGAAAUUUUGGAGAGGGCUUCAGAAUGAAGAAUUGAAGAAUGCAACUAGAGUGCACUUUGAGUCAGACAUUAGCUAUGCAGAUUUACAGAAGAAAGUAAGAGCUGAAGAGUUUGAAAUAAGGGUACAGAGAGAAAAGAAAGAGAAAGGUAAAGAGAAGCCGUCGUACAAAGCUCGACAGUCUGUUAUCAGUUCUUCUGAUGACAACAGUGAAGAAAUGAUGAAACUGCUUAUACAGAAGAUUGAGCAGUUGGAUAAAAAGGUAGAUGCACUCCAGAAAGAAAACGAGGAAUACAAAAGCAAAACAACUACUCCAGGAAAUAGAGACAGAGACUACAGACAUUUUAGAGGCCGAGGGUAUGCUAGAGGAAGAAACAAUCGUGGUAGAGGAAAAGGAAGUGUUCAGUCUGAAAAGGAGCAAAAGAGUGAGGAUACGAAGCCUGUAGAUGAUUUAAACCAGAAAAGUUCUCCACAAAAGGGGGCCUGGAGAACGUAG